CUUUUCAGUUCUCUCUUCUUCAUUCCUCCUUCUCUUCUUACUACUCAACUUCCCAGGCCCUUCUUCUCAUUUCCAACAGCUCAGCUCUUCCCGUCAAGAUGGACUUUGAUCAAGCCUCGACUUCAUCCUCGUCGGUCAUUGGUGGCGCCGUCGAGCAAGAAGACCCCUUCGUGUCGCCCGAAAUGUCACAGCCAGGACCCGCGAUUGUUGAGAGAUCGCAGGACAAUCCGGAGCACCGAUUUUACAGUCGUCACCAAAGCGAGGUGGAUGUCGCGCACGAUGACCGUGUUCACGGCACUAACCAAUUUGGUUUUCCACCUCAUCCUCACGUUACUUACGGCGCACAACCAUCCGGUUUAUACAUUCCCCCACAACGCAGAUUCACAACCGCAAUACCAAUAUCUUAUCCCACUACUUGGGCGCAUCGAACACCAAGCAACUCUUUACCUCCCUUCAACACUACCUCCAGUCAACAGUUUCCAGUCUUUCGUGUUCACCAAUCUGUAGCGGCGAUGGAUUCUGCUGUCCCCUUCGAUCCAAGCUCGGAUCCUCCCUUCCUCGAUCGAGCCAAAUUGUUUGUUCCUCGAGCAAAUGGUGUCAUCAGAAUCAAGAAUAUCCCCUACGGACUUACUCUGGCAGAAGUUCACCAGUUCAUCUGCAAGCAUCUUCAUUCCGCGGACCUGAUCAAGGCACACGAAGAGGGAUUCCCGAUUCACAUCAUCAUGGAACGAUCUACGGGCAAGACCAUGGAUGCUUACAUUGAAACUGCAAGCACUGAGGUUGCUGCGCAAGCUUGGGAGCACGGUUUCGGUCCUGCUUGCAUGAGACAUCCAAAACUCGGACAACGUCAUGUCACGGUUGAGCUUAGCGAUCAAGCUGAGUUGAUGGCCGAUCUCUUCCCUCGAGCUCGCUGUGUUCUCUGGAAUCGCGAGAAAUUCGGCAUCCCAACCGUCGUGCAGACAAAUGAUAUCUACACCAGUGGUUUCAAGGGCUUCUUCACUGCCGAAGAGAUGAACGGCGUGAUUCGCCAUGCUGAAUAUCCGCAGCGUUCUCCUUUCGCCAUGCGCAGUUUCCAGCGUACCUUCGAGAGUACAAUCAGCACUUUGUACAAGUUCCCUUGGUACACCCCAGACCUGUAUACCUUGGCUCAGCGAGAUCUCCUGUUCAAAACCUACAUGCGUCAAUUGGAAAUCCUCAUUGUCAAAGUGGAUCCGGGAAGUCCAAUCCCUCGUGAAGUUGGUCUCGACAACAAAUUGCUCAUGGACUUCCUGUUUGCUGGCAUGAACUGCACUGGGUUCUCGGAGCGUCAGAAGGCUACCAUCACCGAAGCAUCUCGUCGAGUUGGUCCUGGUAUGCAAGUCAGUCGCCAUGCUCGCAACUGGCCAUUCCAGACUCUCUCCACUGAUAACACCAUGCUCUCGGACCAGGAUAUUGCCAUGUGGUUUGAAGUCCUUAACCUGGGAAUGAUGGCUUUCCACGGCGAAGGUCUCAACUUCAUUGGUAUUCGUCCAUACCUGGAGGUUAUCAGAGACGAUAACGGCUUUGUCUACUUCACUUACACCGACCUCGGUGCUGAGCUUUCUCGCAAGAUCUUCGCCCGUAUGGAGUCUAAGGUGAUGAAGGCCGUGAUGCGAAAAGGCUGGUCAGUCUACAUGCGCCAACUCGGUAUCCCUGGCAUCUCUCCUGAACAUGAUACCUUUGCAACUGCAGGACACAACAUGGUCGUUGGCGGAGCCGAACAGAAUGACGAUGGGUUCAGCGACACUGGCAUCUUUUCCGACAACGACCAGAAUGCCAUUGGUCCGGCUUUGGAAGCUCACCAAUACACUGAUGAAGAACGCCUCGCUGCAUAUCGCAAAGUCCUCGCGGACAUCAAGAGAGAAGAAGGCGCUGCUCUUCUUGGACAAGUCGAUCGAUAUUCGUCCGGAAACUAUGUCAUGGUCGAUGAUUCUGGCACCGAUGGCGGUCUUGCAUCAGGCAUGAUGGGCCUCGAUCUCGGUUCUACUGGACGUGUUGGUCCCAAAUCCAGUGGCAGUGAUCAUCUCAAUCCCGAGUCGGCCAACUUCCAACCUAGUGGAGUCUCGACCGCCAAUCUCGUGCCUCCACAGGUCUGGAACCAGACCACAGCUGUCACCGAUGAUUCGGCCAACGUCGACACUGCCUUCUUCGGCUCUGGAAUAGGCAACGGCGCAAUCAGUCCACCACGAAUCAGCACGGCUCGUCAAACCAAUGUCGCUGGUCCAAGCACUCUCGGUCCAGCGCCUGUAUUCCAGGUUCCUGCUCACGUUGAGCGUCGUGCCGUCAACAUCACCAGCCUCGAUGGAACCCCACUGUCUUUCCAUGCCACAAACACCGGAUCACCAACCACUGUGCGUCGCAACUCUCUCAUGGAUCAAGGUGUCAUGGGAGGUGCUACUGGUAGUCCAUACCGUCAAGGAAAUGCGGCAUCAUACAGCUACCCGGCCACUCCACGUCGCUACUCGGAUGCUCCAGUCCUCAUGCCUUCGGCCGGUCGUCCUAGUCCAGGCCACAUUCGCAACUUCGGCAUGGGUACCAACAUCACUUUCGGUGCUGUGGGCAGCGGCUCACCUUACUCGUCGCCCAACCGAAACACCUCACCUGCGCGCUCUGCUGUAGGCACUCCGCUUACUUCAGGCAUGGGUAUUGGUAUGGCUAUGGGUCCACCUCCUGCGAUGAUGAUGACUCCAGGUCGUACUGGUACUUCUGCUGUCGGUAGAGGUGGUUAUGUCGACACUCCUCGUCCUGCCCGUCAAGGUCACACUCGCACUCAGUCCCGUUCGACCCUCAGCGUCAGUGAGACCAUUCAUGAGGAAGGCGGCGUUCAUGACAACACUGUCGGCAUGCAGCCCCGCGAGUACUGAUCGUUCUUACCACCCACUCCUGUCGUCGAGAAACUUGGUUAUCGAGUGCAUUGGUCACACAUCGGCGUCUUGGUUUACUGGUUCGCUCAUGAACGGAUGGCAUUGGAUUGAAAAAGCGAUGGCAUUGAACACGGAAUGGAAUGAUAUUGCAAGUCGGACAUGCAACAGACAUGGACAUUGUUGAGCUCUUCCAUGGCGGGAUGACGAAACGAAGAGAUCACGAUGCCGAUGAUGAUGAGAAAACCUCGAUUGGAUUGUUAUGAGGGCUUGAGCUGAAAUUCAACAUAGCAUAGCAUGGCGUUGCAUUGCAUGGCGUCUGCGAGACAGAUGGCCCCUGGGAAUGAGUUGAGCUCGGCUCCUCUACCCAGUGAAGCAAAGAGUAGCAUAGUGUUUUAGUCGAGCUUUCAAGGAAAUACGCUCCUCAAUCGCAG